AGCACAACUCAACCAAUUGCUCGCAGAACUCAUUAGACAUCAUAUAAGAUAUAUACCGGAAUCUGGAAAAAUAUCAUACUAUGAUGAUCACUGGAAAUUAAAUACAAAUAUUAACAACGAUAAAUCGGAAAAAGAAGCAAAAAUAGGCAACAUAAUGAAUACGUCACAUCCGAAAAAUGAAGCUCGAAAUUCGGAAUCCACUAAUUCAUUAGUAGCGAGUGUAUCUUCGGAUGUUCCAAACAAUUUGGACAAUAAAAUUAAAGUAAAUAAAGAAAUCCAUAAAGAAGUAGACAAAUUGUUUGGGCCUUUGUUGGAAAGAACACAAAGCGGUAGUGUUUUGGAUAUUUCGCCACUAAAACAUAAGAAAAGACAGUACUGUUCCGAAGAAGUGUUGCCAGUUAACAUACUACAUAAUGAAAAUAAUGAACAAUUUUACGAUUCCUCCCAACACCAUAGCGAUCAAAAAGAAGAAAUAAAACAUGAACAACACAAGAAUUCACCAGUUUCGAUUUUGUAUGAUAACCAAAGAGCUGAAAUUAUAGCAUCUGUCACAGAAAGAUUGUAUUCGAAAUUUAAAAAAGAUGCUGCAGCUAACAAAUUGGAUACCCCAGUAGAUAAAAAGAUUACGCAACCGUUAAGUGAAUUAAAGAUUUGUAGCAAUGCUCGUCAGCGCCUUUUAGAAUUGAGUCAAAAAGCAAUUAGAAACAAGAAAAGAAUAGGCAUACCAGCGCACACACAAACAAGACGAGUUGUAAUUCGAGUUAAAGAUCAAGGAAUUAGUGCUCAAACUGAUCUUGCACCGUUUAUAAUUCUCAAAAAAGAUACAAAAAUAUUCUAUAAGGAUGCUGCCACAGAAACUAUUCCUAUGACACCGAGGUGCAAAGACGUUGCAAGCGGAGACGGAUCUUUGAAUUUCCAAGAUAAAUCCACAACAAUGGAAUUAAGAAAUAUAGCGAAAAAACAUAGUACUGUUAUGACAGACAUUAUAUUGAAAAGAAAUAUAUGUACUCAAACUCAAAUUUUACCGCAUUCAAGAAGGAGAAAAAGAGCGUCAGCGUGUACAAAAUUGCACAAAAAGCGUAAAGAUGGCAAACAAACAAAGGAUAGUUGUGUAAUUCCUUCAGUGAUUAAUAUAAACAUUUCACCUGUCUGUUCAUUUGAUUCUGAUUCAUUAAAUUCAAGUGAAAAAUCAGACAAUGAAUCGACUCAAAAUAAAAGUGAGAAUUUGGACACCACUCCAGAUCUUUUGACAAAUCAUAAUAAAGACAUUGUUGAAGAAGUUAAAAUAAGUAAAACUGAUUUAUUAAAUUCUGAAAAAGCUACAAAUGUAAAUGAUGAUGUUAUUUUAACUACUGAGGUUUUUGAUAAUAUUUCUCUCGAAGACUUCCCAGACGAGGAAUUACCUUUACCCAGAGUGACAGUGGACACUACGCGGGUUUACGAUGAUAACGAUAUUAAAAAUUUAAUUUUGGGACGAGAUGUAAAUACGUAUCCUUACAAUAUUGCACUUUCACCAAACAAAAAUAAAGAAGUGAAAAGGGUUAUUAAGUUUAAAGAUUCAAAAGGCGAAAACUUUAACGAAUGUGACAAGACAAGAUUUAAAAAGGAUAAUGUUGACAGAAAUUAUUUUUUGGAUCCUUAUUCUGAUUCUUCAGACUCAACAAGAUUUGAGUCGGAUUCGUUUGUUUGGAAUAAAGGUAAUAAGGAUAUGUGCAAAAAUAAACCUAAUUACAGUAUUAAACAUGGUAAUAUUUGUAACCAUUGGCUUGAUUUUGAUUCCGAUUUAGACUUGGAUAUUAAAACAACUGGUGCAGAACAAAAUACUACCAGCAAAAGAGGCAAAUAUUGGACUUGGCAGAGUGGGAACAAAACAAAUCGGUUGAUAAAAGAAACAAAUGCAAAAUAUAAGGACAAUUUUGGAAAUAUCCGAAAUAAAAUAAUUGAGACCUGUAGCGGUUUAGAAACUGCAGCUUCUGAUUAUGAGAGAUAUUUGGAUAGAUAUUAUGACGAUCACAAAAUACGAAGUCCUACUGAAUAUUUGCAAUAUCUUGUAAACUUGAGAAGGGAAGUAGUUAGAGAAUCACUUACUUGCAGUACGGAUACAAUAUCUUCUGACUGUCAUGAUGCUUCGACUUUAUAAAUGUUAUUGAAGUACUGGAACUAACCAGAAUCAAUAAAAAAAUGUUUUAUUAUAGUAUAUAUCAUAUAUUUGUGUUUGUGUGGCUCGGAUUUGAGUUUUUGAUUUCGAAUAAUUAGC